AUGAGCAGCGGAGAGAAGACCACAGCCGGCCCCGUGGCCAUGGCCUACUACGCCAAGGCGUCGAGCGUCAAGCCGCCGCUGAUCGCCAACGAGAACGCGUUUCUGGGCGAUGUGUCGUGCUCCACCGACAGCGACAAGCCCAUGUCGGCGGGCUUCUACCGCCUGGAGAAGGGCACGCCGCUCGUGUACGAGUACAACUACCAUGAGAUGAAGAUCAUCAUCGAGGGCAGCUUCGAUAUCAGCGACGAGACCGGCACCAAGGCGCACGGCGUCGCCGGCGACGUCUUUUACUUCCCGGCUGGCUCCAAGAUAACUUUUACGACGGAGGACUUUGGUCUGGCUUUUUACACGGGGCAGCGGGCUAGGGACUCGGCGUAG